AGCUGGGUCUCCCUGUUGGAUCGCAUCGCUUCGUGUGGGAGCCGCGACAGGUAGCUCUGGGGCGCCGGGGUCGUUGAGGGAGGAGGAAGAAGCCGAGGAGCACAUUGAGACUAUAUCUUUACCUGAAGAUUUUAAGAAAGUGUGGAAGCCUGGAAUAAGAAAUCAUUUGUAUUGCCAAUGUGUGAAGCAGGCCUAAUGCAUAAAAAACUGUGUGAUGCCUUGGAAGGUGAAGAUGACAUGAUAUAUGGAGAUUUGGGAAAUGGAUUUAAAAAACAUAAUGGUAUUUAUGAAUCAGAAGUCUUUCACAAAUAUACAGCUAGGUCUAGAAGCGGUUCUGCAAGGAAGAGUUUGCCAAGUGAUGGUGAAGAAUAUGAUGCAGGUUUUUUUCGUUGCUCAAAAUGUGACAGUUUGAAUGAUGUGCCAGUCAAAACAAUCGGAAGGAAUGGAUUUGCUCCUUGCAAACAACAAGCCAGUUCUGAGUUCAAUUCUGAGGCAUCAAAUGAAGAAUUAAAACAACGUCUCCAAGGAAUUUUAGAGGAAGUAGAAAAUUUAAGAGUGGAAUUGGAAGCAUCUCAAAGACAACUUGAAGGCAAAGAACAAGCUUUAAAAGUUCUGCAGAGCAUGGCUGUUUUGGACAAAGCUACCACUCACACUAAAGCAAUAUUUAUAAAAACAGACCAACAAAAGCGAGCCUUAGAAAAGGAAAUAAAUAUUCUGCAGUGGGAGAUCAGAAUUAAUCAGGAGAAAUUAAAAAAUAUAGACGAGACCUGGGCAGAGAAAUAUGAAAGAAUUUAUUGUGAAAAUGCUGCUUUUAAAGAAACUCUUAAAAUGAAAACUGAGGAAAUUAAACUACUGAAGUCUGAAAAUCAACUUUUAGAACAACAGCAUUUGGAGAUGAUGGCAAUGCUUGAUGUAAAACAGCAGAAGUUGGUUCAGGAUAAUAUGUCUCUAAGCAAGAGUGGCGUUACUGAGGUUACAAGUCUAGAAUUGGCAGUACUUGGAGCUUGUGCUUGCAAUGGCUCUGAAGGAGAACCCUGUGCCUGUGCCAAGAUGUCAGCAGCAACUCGAAAGCAACUUCUUCAACUCAAGCAAGAGUUUGACUGUUUGAAGAAGAGUAAAGAAGAAGCUUAUAUAAUGGCGGAUGCCUUCAGAAUAGCUUUUGAACAACAACUGAUGUGGAGGAAGGACCAGGCUUUCAGACUUGCACAAAUGAGUAAGAUCUGCAGAAAAGAAACUAAAACAGUAAAGUGGAAAAGCAUUAAAGAAGAUGGUGUUUCCUUGUUUCAAGAAAAAAGAAAAAGCUUGGGAGAAAAGCUGAUGGGCAUGCUUGCUUCUGGCCCUGAGAGUAAAAAAGUAGAAGAACUGGACAAUCCACUGGAGAUCAUUAGGACACUAACAGACCUGCUGAACGAUAAGGAGGAAAUAUUGGCUCAUCAAAGGAAGGUUAGUUAUAUGCUUGCUCGUACAUUGGAAGAUAAAGAAAGUGCUUUGCACCAAAGGAAAGAAAAUACAUUGUCAGAGGAAAAGGUUACUUUUAAGAACAAUCAGUACACAAAAGAGUUAAAACCCCAAGAAUGGAUUUUUCCUGAAUGUUCGUGUUGUCAAACGUAUACUGUUCAGGACAGCUUUUCUUCUUCGGUUCCCAAUACAAACUCCAGCAGUAUGCCAAGUUCUCAUUCCACAGGAUCUAAAGAAAAUAAUCAUCACAACUUCAAAGAGACAGUGACUAUGAAAUAAGAUACUGGGUUUUUUUUAGGAAAAUGUAAAUCUGUGUGUAAAAACGACAACUUCCUUAACAUUUUGUUUCAUAAUUUAGGACUCUUAAACUCCCUCUGUGCUCCAUUGAACAUAAGGAACUUUUAAAGGAGCAUCUUUAAAGAACUCCUUCAUAAUUUCCGUAUCAGGGACACAGAUAAAGACAAAUGUAAAAGCUGCUUGUUGAUGGAAAGCAGAAGGAAAAGCUGAAAACAUGCAAGGGUUUAUGCAUCUGUGGAACACCUGCAGUGAACUAUAAUUCAACCUUAAUUCAGGAAAGUGUAACCAUAAAAUCAGGCCAUUUUACCAUUUAAGUAACUUACAAUUUCUGUGUUGAAAAUAAGUGAAUAUAUAGUUUAUUGUUCAUGGAUUGUAUUCAGAGGUCUCCGUCUGCGAACAGAAGACCUUAUUACAUUCUUCUAAAGACUUCUUCCAGUUUCUGAUCUCACAGAGUGCUUUGCUAGCAGAACCUACAAAUCCCCCUUCUACAUAAUUCUAUCAUUCUCCUGCUACUGUUUCUGAAAAUGUUUUCCGUUUUAAAUUCCAUUUUCUUCUCUUUUCUAAGCUGGCCCUUUAAUUUAGUUCCUUGUCAAGAUUGUUUCCAUGGGUUAGAAAACAUUUUUCUUUAUGUGUUCAAUGUUUUGCAUGCUAUUUGCAGCAGAGCACAUUUCCUCUUUUUUAAGACCUGUUUUUUUUGCUUUCUUUUUUGAAUUAGCUUCUUUUAUUGAUGCUCUUCCUCACUGACAGAACACUAGAAAGAACUUUUUUCUUAAUCAAGGCUUGUUCAUAACCUCUUAAACUCCCUCUCCUUGCUCUUUUGUAGUAUGAAAACGAUACCGUUCACUUUCCAUAUAUAGUUAGACUCCAAGUCCUGUCAAUUCCCGACACCACAGACUAUAUUUUAUAUGUGAUGGAAAUUAAGGGUUUCAAUUUCCCACUUUUCAAUAUAUCUUAUAGUUCUUGUUUCUUUUUAAGUAUGAGGGAACAUCUUAUGAUUUGCAUUAAUCCAAUCAUUUACUAAUUUUUCUGCAACUUUGAAUGUUUUUCACUUGGAUAAAUGACUGGUUUACUGAUUUCCAUUUCUUCUGGAGCACGUUUUCAUAGGGUACAGAUACACAAAAUUGGUUCCAGUUGCAUCUCCCCCUUCUGUUCAUGUAGAUUGAUCAAAAAGAGGACAUAAUGGGAUUCAACCUGAUCUACAUAAAAAUCAAUUGCCUUGUGCAGGUAUAUAUUUGAAAGAAUGAUUUCAUGAUCAAACAAAACCUUUUGUCUUAGGAAAUUGGAGGACUUUUAUAUAUUGAUCUAAUUAGGAGAAAAUAUUAAUCUGUAGGUAUAUUAGAUUAAGCUAUACAUGUAUAAAAACACUGCAUGUGACCAUUGCUUCACCAGAUCUCCUUAUCAGAAAGUUGAAGCUACCUUGUAAAUGUGUGUGCAAUACAAAUUAAUGUUGGGUUCACACUGAUUAUUAAGUGCAUUCAGGUUAAUACUGCACAUAUAAAUGAUUAUGUGAUGUGAUAUAAGGUUUCUUUUGCUAAGAAUAUCAAAUGUAUGGAAAUACAGUGACUAUGGAAACACUAUUUUUUCUAGUGACUAGCUUCAUAUAUUGCAUUAAGCUGUGGUUUACCUUUAGAUAUAUUUUACAGUUUACAACCAUACUAACAAGCUUCAUAUAACAUGCUAAGCUACUGCCAAUUCACCUCAAACAGAUAUGUAAGCUCAGCCUUUUUGGGUCAUCAUUUAUUUUUUAUUUGGAAGUCUUGCCUAUGAAUGUUAUAUGUGUAUAUUGUCAUAAUCAUUUGAGUGAAUCUCUAUUGUAAUACUUCUUAAAUAUUUUGUAUAAUUUGAAUAACUUUAACAUUAUAUUUCCCCCCAAAAUCUGUAAAACAAGCUAUUAGAAUGUUUUUGGAGCAUGGCCACAUCUGAAAAUUUUAAAUUGUAUUAUAAAUUUAAACUGUAUCAUAAAUUGUCAGUCUGGGGGCUUGCCCAGUCUGGGGGCUUGCCCAUUCACAAAAUUUCUUCUUGGCAAGCAUGACCAAAAAUAAAUUCUGAGAGACUA